CUACGGGAGGCUUCACGUAACAUUUCACACGCGACGAAACUUGGAUUUACGGAGCUCACCUUUGCGCUCAGGUGCCAAAAUAAGGGUGUUUCUACCUCCGUGUCUCCUCUGUGGUGUAUCUUCAGUUACUGUCCUUUACUUUGGUGUAGUAUUAGAUUAGGUUUUUUUUUUUUUUUUUUUGGCUGUGUUUGUCUUCAGAUGACGGCGCAGGUAGACUACCUGGUGGUGCUUUUCACCGCCACAUCUGGCGCGAGCGGAGAGCUGCUGGGAUCUGACGAGAAGGAGCUCGUGCAGUUGGUUUGGCAGCUGGUGGAUGUGAAGAACAAAAAGUUGGGCAAGGUGAAUGAGCUCCUCAUUAAGUCUGACCUCUCAGACCUGACGGAGGAAAAAGAGGAGGAUGUGGUGGAGGAGAGCGUGGAAGAGGAGAAUGCAUCCAAAGCAGACUGUGUCUUCACGGCCACAAGUCUUGAGACAGCAUUAAACCUGUUUCAUCUAAAACUGACAAACGAGGUGAACAGCGCAGGCGCAGGCACGUCUGUGUGUUUGUGUACCGACGGGCAGCUCCACAUCCGUCAAGUGAUUCACCCCGAGGCCGCAAGCAAGAACAUCCUGGUCCCAGACUGUUUCUACUCAUUCUUCGACCUUCGGAAAGAGUUCAAGAAGCACUUCCCCGCAUCUGACCUCAAGGCUCUGAAUGUACACGUCAUGGCAGAGUUUCUUAGUAUCCCUGUUGAUGAGACCGCCAUGUGGGAUUCCUCAGCCACACUGGAUCCGUCAGCCAUAUUGCCUGCAGAAAUCGCAGUGCAGCAGCUCCAGAUUAUGGCCAUCAUUGCCCUUGCCCUGCUAAAUGAGCCAUUUUGCCACAUGUUCUCCAACCAGGAGAGAGUUAGUGAGAAGUUUGAGACUGGCACUUGCAGUAAGAUGGAGAAAGUGUGCGACAACACAGUGAUCAGAGCCAGAGGGUUGCCUUGGCAGUCUUCUGACCAGGACAUUGCUCGAUUCUUCAGAGGACUCAACAUUGCCAAAGGAGGGGCUGCACUGUGCCUUAAUGCUCAGGGGAGAAGGAACGGAGAAGCUCUUGUUCGUUUUGUGAGUGAGGAGCACAGAGACCUGGCACUGCAGAGACACAAACACCACAUGGGAAACAGAUACAUAGAGGUUUACAAAGCAACAGGAGAGGACUUCCUGAAGAUAGCAGGAGGUACCUCCAGUGAGGUAGCAAUGUUUCUGUCCCGUGAGGACCAGAUUAUAGUGAGGAUGCGAGGUCUUCCCUUCACCGCCACACACGAGCAGGUGCUCGCCUUCUUCUCCUCGGGAGAUGGCCUUAAAGAGAUGUGUCCGGUCAGCGGAGGAAAGGAUGGCAUCCUAUUUGUUCGCUAUCCAGACGGACGCCCCACUGGCGAUGCCUUUGUUUUAUUUGCCUGCGAGGACCACGCCCAGUGUGCUCUGAGGAAACACAAGGAAAUCCUGGGGAGGAGAUACAUUGAGCUGUUCAAAAGUACAGCAGCAGAGGUCCAACAGGUGUUGAACCGCUACUCAUCAGCCCCCCUGAUCCCUGUGGCCCCUGCCCCCUUGGUGUCAGUACUGCCCACAGUAUCUCUCCUGCCCCCUCCUGGUAGUAUGAGAGACUGCUUGAGGUUGAGGGGGCUGCCAUACACAGCGAGCAUAGAAGACAUCCUCACCUUCCUGGGCGAGUUUACACAAGAUAUCAGACCACAUGGCGUGCACAUGGUCCUCAACCAGCAGGGCCGUCCCUCAGGUGACUGCUUCAUCCAGAUGACCUCAGCAGAGCGAGCACUUCAGGCCUCACAGCGGCUCCACAAACAUGUGAUGUCCAGCCAGCGUGGAUCCAACAGCCGCUACGUGGAGGUGUUCCCCUGCAGCGCUGAGGAGAUGGGCCUGGUGCUGAUGGGAGGCUCACUCUCACACACACAUACACACACACACACCCGGACCAGGAAUGGGACAGGGCUCAGCCCGCCGCCAUGUUUAUCUCCACCAUCCUACUCCUUCACCCCUGCACCACCUGUCCUGCCAACAGAGGCUGCUGCUGCUGCCGGCCUUUACCCUCCCAUGGGUCAGGUGUUGCUAAGCCCGCGCCCCCUGCCACCAGGACACGCCUACUACCCCGCCACAGCUCAGCUGUACAUGAACUACGCAGCCUACUACCCCAGUCCACCUGGCUCACCUACCACUGUAGGUUUCUUCCCCUCCCCCUCCUCCAUCUCCUCCCCAGGGGGGUUGGUGCGCAUGCCAGGUCUCACCUACAACAGCAGCGGAGUCAAAGAUCUCAUUAAUGCAGUGCAGGGGUACCAGAGUCCCGCAGAGUCGAUUUCUCUCCUGAGCAGCAGUCUGAUUGGUCAGUCCAGUGGAGGUGAUGCUCCUCUCAUGUCCCUCCCCGCUCUCAUGACCAAGCCGGCGGGGCAGUACCUGGACCUGACCCUGCUGUAGGGGCACAAAUGUACAAAGGUCACUUGACAAUUUGGUCAAAGACUUGUAAUGUAUUGUUAGGUUUUUAAAAAAUAGUAUUUUAGAUGUGUUAUUUAUAUCUAUAAGAGCAGAAAUUAAUGUAUUUUAUACAAAAAUCAUUGUGGCCGUAGCCAAAAAUAGUUUUGUCUUAUAUUGCACAGUGUGUAUUUUAAAAGCUUUAUAGAGAUUUUUUUUUAACAUGUUACGAUAUUAUAAUCACUGUUAUGACUUAGUAGAAACUGAGAUAAAUCCUUUCCGUAAGCUUCUCUGUGAAGAGUGAAAGUGUGUGAGUGUGUUUUAGUGUGAAAGAGAUGAAAAUGAGUAUUAUGAAUGGCUGUGUUGAUACAUCUUCAGACUUAAUCUUUUUAUGCAAUGCGUUUUAUGUGUUUAUAUACAUUUGAUACAGAUGCAGUGAUUGUAUUGAAGCUUUAGUGCAUGAAGAAGUUAGUAGUAAAACUUUAAGAUGUUUACAUAAUGCCAAAUAUCAAUGCACUGCUAAUCAAUAAGACUACUAAUGAAUAUAAUAGCAGUAUCUUUGAAUGAUAACAUAUACUGUAUGUUACACUGUGAGCUUGUCAAAUAGUCUGAUGCCUGCAUCAGCUUUCACUUACAAAAAUGUGACAUCUCACACUGAAGCUCGCGUUUCCAUGUUGUGUAAUGCCAAUGUUGUCUUGCCUUUUGUUUUGGACUCACAACUGAACAGAGGACAGUCCCAGUUCUCUGAAACCUAACCAUAGGGCUGCAUUCUUCAAGAGGACUCCUGUCACAAGCUCUCAGUUUACUGAGUGAAUCUCCACAGCCAGAGGUGGUUUCUGACAGAUUUUAUUAUAUAUUUUACUCUGAAGAAUCUGCAAAGAUCAACCAGUCCAUCACACUUUCCUUGUCUUCUCUUCACCAUCUGCACUAUUGUGGGGAAUGCAAUGGAGUAAACGGGUCUCCCUGCAGAAAUCCCUGCACCAUUUCUCUUUUUAACUAAAUCAUUUGGAGUGUAGAUGGAAAGUUGAGAAGGAAAAGAAAUGUUGAAGGACACCUCUGACAUGUAUCUUGUGAAUCUAAUUGCUGCUUGCGCCCUGCAAAGUUGCCGUUUGGACUUCAAUUUGCUGUACACAUGUCCCGCAGUAGGACUUCCUGCACAGGAUGUCCUACUGUGCUCAUGCUGAAAAAACAAUAAACUUAACAUGUGAAGUCUGUCAGCCUUCAGCUGUUUGAUUUCAC